AUGAAACAGGCUUGUAUGUUGUUUGUACCGCAAGUCAAAGACAGUCAAAUCUGUGGAGUAUGUCGUUAUCCCGUUUACGACCACUCCCAUUCCACAAUGAUAACCCCGGCUCCGGUUCCUUUCUCUUCUUCUCAUCAAAGCUGUCGUCCUGGAGCGAUCCGCCCCGUGUUCGUCUCGGCUGCUGAACUACCUCGAACUGCGCGGAUAUCACCGAUUAUGAAACCUCAAUCUCAAUUCGUCACCAGCAGCAGCAGCUCUUCACUACCAACCAAUUCUUUUCUGAGUUCAUAUCUCUCGUCACGAACGAAUGCGUUGGUGUCACCACCGAUCCAACAACACAAAAUCACGACAACAUUUGCGCAAUCCGAAACAUCAGCUUUCAGUCAAUACUCGAAGAGUUCUUCGGCUGAGUCCACAUUUUCAUCCACUUCCACGAGUACACACAGCGCGACACCCGCACAAAAUUUGAUCACUCAUCAACGAAGCACCAGCUCAAGAGGCCAACAAGGAAACGAGGAUUCGUAUGCGCUGAGGAGAUGUAAAACAUUCACGAACAAUAUUUUACUCCUGAAACCAAGACCGCAAUAUUUCAAGCCCGUCAGCUGUAUCAGUGAACCGGUUACACCCGAUAAUGUUCCGACAAUUCAAGUUGAGGAUCCGAGCCCUAAGCAAGACCGAGUGCAGUCAAACAUUUACCGACGGAUCAGAGCCAAAAACAAGGAGCGAAGUAGCAGUGCGCAACGAUCGUCUUCACCCUCUUCACCGAGUGACGACGAAAAACGUGGAGAUUCGUCGAGAGUGUCCACUCGAAAGGAAGCUGUACCAAGAGCGUAUAAUUUCAGACAGAUUCUCGAUCGUUUCCAAAGCGCGAGUGAUCAACAAGUAAUGCGUGAACAAAGCCAAUUUCGUUCGUUGCGUUCUCGGGAUCCGAACCGUCGUAUAACUGUCGACACAUUCACUUUACAGCAAACCACGACCACCGCACCAUUGGAAUAUCAUCUCCAGCGUCAAAAAUUCGAGUUCCAGAGCGCAUCAACUCCGUUCACCAUUACNCAAGUGAAAGAAACGGACAUCGACGACAUUCCGCCAGCUCCGAUCAUGUCCGAACAAUCUGUUCCAUCGCCGAUCGUGCAAUCGAGGAAUAUACCAAUUCAUCAAGAGAACACUAAAAGUAGCACAUAUUUCACCCCAAAGAAAAUGAAAUGCCAAGAUUUGAUACGCCGUUUUUCGAAUGACUCGUUAAAAGGUAAUGACUCCACGAAACUUCGAGAUCGAUUCGGACGUUUAAUCCCAAAAACAAGACCGCAAUCGCAUUCAGAUCUUCAACACAGCGGUGACUCAUCAUCCACCGUUUCUAAGUUUGAUCGAAAAUCAGGUCGGUCCUCGCUAACAGUUUCGAUCCCAAUAACUGAUGAGAACGUAUCUGCUGAAUCUCCCGUUCCGUGCACCCCAUCAUCGAUGUCCCGCGCAUCCAGUGUGCUCACACCUUCCUCAUAUAUGCCUCCAACACCCGUCACUAAUCAACGAGCAAAAUCAAUCGAUCACGCUUACAAUCAGAUGACAUUGAACCAUCGUGAGUCUCUCGCGUACAUAUCCGAGCAUUUGGCCGAUUAUAUUCGUUGUCGAGAUGUUCCUUUGUCGAAAGAGAAACUUGACAGUUUGAAAUUCAACGAAAUAAUUUUCGAUUCAUACACGCCAACCCUCAUCAAAGGUGCAUCGUUGUUUUUCGACGCAUCCAUUGCAGAAGGCUCUCAACCACCAUACGACAUCACGCUCAUGGUGGCGCCUGCUUCGCAGUACUAUCCUCUGUCACUAGGCAGAAAACCUCCAGAAGCGAUAUUGUAUAAUCCACCUGUGCUGGUCGAAAUCGACGACAAUGAUGGCGAAGUAUUUUUUUNUUUUUUUAAAACUUCAGAUGCGUUGUUUCAGAUUCGACGUUUUCUACAAGAUUCGUCGCAUUUAUCCGGCCGAACCUGUAAAGCGUUCGUGAUGCCUCGUCUUACACUACUCUCUUUCCACUCGUUGGCUGCACACAGUUUCGAUAAGCGAAUGAGUGCAGAGGCAUACGAACGACACGUUUGUUUCAUAAUGUUGCAACUGGUUUGUGCGUUGAAAUCGCUGCAGUCCGAUGGUGUCGAACAUUUGAGCAAUAACUUCCGAGAGUUCCUUCUCGCCUAUCGGUCGACGUACUUCAAUUCGCCAAUGGGUAUCGCUGAAUAUCCUCGAAUUAUGCUACUUCGAGAAACAGUCAGCGACGAUUUGGAAGAGUCGAACGAAAACGGGAGUGUUGGUGUAUGCAAAUAUGCCGUACGUGCGCUGUGCACUCUACUCCAUCAGAAGAUGGACAACACCGUUCCAUUAAUCCCAUAUCGUUCUCAAUAUUCUGAUGCUCUUUUGAGAGAACUGAAUGAUGUGCUUGGUUGGGUUCAGUUCAUCAUCCAAUUUCCACGGAAUCAGGCGUCUUUACGUUUUCAGAAAUGUGCCGAAUUGUUAAAUGACGAAAAGUCGAGUUCAUUGAGUGAUGCAAAAAAUAUUUUGGAAUUUCGAUUUUGGGUGGAUGCGAAUCAGGAAUUCGAUAGUGAAUUUGAUGCUAAGAUUUGGAUUGACUCACAACGCUCUCGGGAUGUCAAUCGAUUGUUACGUGCGUUCGUCAGCAAUUCAGAAUCACUAAAAGACACCCUGGAACGACUACGCGUUCAAUUUCUGCUGUCUGCCACACCACGCUCACUCUUCACUUCAUUCGAAACGCUUCGAAAGCUUGGCGAUCGAUCAUCGUCGAACAAAUUCACUUGUUUCAUUUAA